AUCUUCUUUGUUUUAUUGAGCUGAAGCCGCGAAGAAGCAAGCGGUGUGCAGUUUGGCUCUGGAGUCGCUCGCGCAAGCACGCAAAAUGAAACUACUCGGCGCGGCUCUGCUUUUCGCCGCGGCCCUGGUCUCAGGGCAGGACGCUCCUUUUUGGACGUACAAAUGCGAGCAGGACGGUAUUUGCUACAAACAGCGAUUUGGUCAGGGGACGACGCAAAUUCAGUCGCUGGCCGUCUGCAAAAUGUUCUGCGACGCCUACGCCGCGCUGUGGCCGCGGCCCACGGGCGCCAUCAGCCUCACCAAGACGCUGGUGUUCGUCGAUCCGCUCAAAAUCCGUCUGACGUCCAAGACCAGCAAGGAAGGAAAGUACAACACUCUAGUCGCCAACCUCGAGCAAUACGUCAAGUCCAUCAUAGAAUCGCAAAACAGGCCGCAAACCGGAGUAGUUUCGCAAAGCUCCGACAAGUCUGCACGAGCCGCAAAACGCGAACUUGACAUCGUGCUGAAUGUCGCUGACCCCAACGUGGUGCGCCCUGGUCUAAGCGUGGACGAGAGCUACACGCUCAAGGUUAUCACCAACUCAGCGGAAACGGAGCCAAUUCACGCCGAGGUGACAGCGAACAACAUUUUCGGCGCGCGGCAUGGCGUGGAGACGCUUUUACAGCUGGUGGUGUGGUCCGACCUGGACAACUCUUUGGUGAUGCCGAUCGAGGUGAACUUGUCGGACGCGCCCGUCUACAAACACCGCGGCUUUUUGCUCGACACGGCGCGAAACUACUUCUCCAUCGAGUCGAUCAAGCGCACGAUCGACGCCAUGGCCCAGGUCAAGCUCAACGCCUUCCACUGGCACAUCACCGACUCGCACAGCUUCCCGUUUGUGGUCAGCACCAAGCCAGAACUGCACAAACUCGGCGCCUACACACCCGAAAAGAUAUACACGCAUGAUGCAAUUAGGGACGUCGUUGAGUACGCGAGGGUGCGAGGGGUUCAGGUUAUUCCUGAGUUCGAUGCUCCGGCCCAUGUUGGCGAGGGCUGGCAGUUUGGUGACGCGGACAAUUUGACCGUGUGCGUGGGACAGGAGCCAUGGACCUCGUACUGCGUGGAGCCACCGUGUGGGCAGCUCAACCCUCUGAAGGACGGCGUGUACGAAAUCCUGAGUUUGAUCUACAAGGACAUGCUCAGCGUCUUCGACAGCGAGGUCUUCCACUUUGGAGGAGACGAGGUGAAUCUGAACUGCUGGAACAGCAGCGCGGCGGUGACCGAUCUCAUGGCCCAACAAGGAUACGGACGAAGCGACUCGGAAUUCCUGCGCCUGUGGAGCGACUUCCAGGAGAGGGCCCUGACCGAACUGACCAAGGCCAACAACGGCACCCGCUUGCCCGGAAUCCUCUGGACCAGCCACCUCACUGAGUCUGGAAAGGUGUCCAAGUACCUUGACUCCGGAAAUUAUAUUAUUCAGGUGUGGACCACCGGCAAGGACCAGGUGAUUGCCGAACUGCUGCGAGCUGGUUUCAAAGUGAUUCUGUCCAACUACGACGCGCUUUACUUCGACUGCGGUUACGGUGCCUGGGUCGGCACUGGCAACAACUGGUGUUCGCCCUACAUUGGCUGGCAGAAGGUGUACGAAAACCGACCCAAAAAGAUUCUCGAGGACCUUGGAGUUUCGCAGUACGCAGACCUUGUGCUCGGCAGUGAGGCGGCCCUUUGGAGCGAACAGGUUGACGAACAAGCUCUGGAUGGAAAGGUUUGGCCGCGUGCUGCCGCCUUGGCCGAGCGUCUAUGGAGCGACCCUGACGAGGACUGGAAACAGGCCAACAUGAGAAUGAUCAAUGUGCGUGAAAGGCUGGUGAGCAGAGGCGUGAUGGCCGACGCCCUGCAGCCCGAGUGGUGCCUCCAGAACGACGACAAAUGCAAACUCUACUCAUAAACUAUUGUUUUUCGUUUCGUCUUAACUUUCGUUACUUUUAAAAUUUU